UUUCUAGCGUCCUGCUAAGAAAAUGGCCUCAUCGUAGUAAAACAUUGUCUUUUCCUCUGUUUAUUAACCUAUCGUCCCGAGAGUCAGCUAACCCGACAUGUAAAUGCGUAGUUUGUCGGUCAUCCAUUAGCCUCGAAGCUGAACUCGGCCGGUAACCGGUCACAUUGUCGGUAGCGGUGGAGCAGGGACAGCUGCCAGCCAUGACGGGGAGGAGAGCCAGCGGGAUAUGCCCGGUGCUACUCGCCAUCUUCCUGCUGAUCCUGGGUGAGCAGUCGGUGGAGACAGCCUCUGACAAUGACCCGUAUAAAAUCCUGGGGGUCGGCAGGAGCAGCAGUCUCCCAGAAAUCAAACGAGCCUACAAGAACCUGGUCAGAGAAUGGCACCCGGACAAGAAUAAGGACCCCAAGGCUGAGGACACGUUCAUCAAGAUCGCCAAGUCAUAUGAGAUCUUGUCGAAUGAAGAGCGAAGGGCCAACUUUGACCGCUACGGCCAGAUGGAUGAAAACCAGGCGGCUGGCCAGUCGCAGCAUCACGGUUUCCGCAGCGGCUUCCACAACAGCUUCUACUUCGAUGAGUCGUUUUUCCAUUUCCCCAGGUCCAGGGACUUUGCCGACAGCAAGUACCUGCUUCACCACGCACAGUUUAACAGCGACGUGCUCCCAGACAGCCACAAGAGGCCGUACCUGAUCAAAGUGACCUCUGACUGGUGCUUUGCAUGCGUCCACAUUGAGCCUGUAUGGAAGGAGACGGUGCAGGAGCUGGAGCCGCUGGGUGUGGGUAUUGGCAUCAUUGACCUGGGUUCUGAGCGUCGCCUGGCCAACCAGCUGGGAGCUCACCGUGCGCCCUCCAUCAUCGGGCUAGUGAACGGCAGGGUGACCUUCUUCCAUCAGGCUGUGGUACGGGAACACCUGCGGCAGUUCAUUGAAGACCUGCUGCCAUACAAACUGGUGGAAAAGAUCACAGAUAGCAACUACCUGACUUUUCUGGACAACUGGCAUGAGGAAAAUAAGCCCAGUGUUCUGUUGUUUGACCAAGUCCCCAUUGUUCCCCUGCUCUACAAAUUAACAGCGUUUGCCUUCAGAGACUACGUGCGUUUCGGCCACGUGGACCAGGGCGACUCGCACUGCACUCGGCUCCUGCGGCAGUUCAAUGUAAACACGUAUGCCCCCAUCAUGAUGCUGUUUAAAGAGGACACAGAGAAGCCUGUCGACAUCAUCCAGGCCAGAGGGUUCAAGCGACAGAUCAUGGAUGAGUUUGUCUCCAACAACAAGUUCCUGCAGGUGCCACGACUCGUCAACCAGAAGCUUUUUGAUGAGCUGUGUCCUGUAAAGCAGUUCCACCGACGGAGGAAGUACUGUGUGCUGCUGAUCACCGGUGAGGACCAAGCCUUUCAUCCAGGCAACAAGGCUUUCAUCGACUUCGCCACAGCCAACAGAAAAGACGUGCUGCGCUUUGCAUACGUCUACCAACGUCAGCAGCCGCAGCUGUGUCAGGCACUGCUCCAAAAUCAAGUUUCACCCUCACCUCAGGUGGUGAUCCUCGAGAGGCGGACCCAGGCGGGUAAGGUCCAGUACCGCUCGGUGAGUGGCGGCUGGAACGGCAGCGAAGAAGACAUGUACCGCCUCCACGAACAGCUGGAGCUCCUGCAAAAGGAUCCCACGUAUCUGAGCUUGGACGCCACUCUGCCAGAGCUCAACAACGAGAUGGCCCCGAUUUUUAUAAUUCAGUGGAUGAACGUCGCGUAUGAUUAUAUUCUUCAAAUAUAUGAUGACCUUCUCUAUUCAAACUGGCGAGAGAUGAUGCCCAUUCUGUCCUUGAUCUUCUCAGCUCUCUUCAUUCUUUUUGGCACCGUCAUCAUCCAGGCCUUCAGUGAGCCAGGUGAGGACAAACCCCGGAAACCAAAGCCAAAGGAGCAACCACAGACUGAGGAUGAUGCAUCCAGUAGAUCAAGUACUUCAAGUCGUCCUCCUAAGAAGAACUUUGUGGAGGUGACGGAGCUGACGGACAUCACGUACAUCAGUAACCUUGUCAAGCUGAGGCCUGGACACAUCAACGUUGUGCUGGUGCUCACCAACGCCUCCAACAAAGCCUUGCUCGGGAAAUUUGCCAAGGAGGUUUUUUCUUUCUCUGGGACUCAGACCCUCCAUUUCUCUUUCCUUAACGCGGAUAAGCACUGCUACUGGAUGCCGUCACUCCUUCGCUCAGCCUCUGACGCUGCGGAAAGCAAGGGCCACUCUGAUGAAGACGAGGAGCCUUCAGACUACGCUGGAUACGUCCUGGCCCUCAACGGCUACAAGAAGUACUUUUGCCUCUUUAGACCCGUCUUCACAGGGGACGAUCCCAGCGACUCCUCAUCGGAGACGUCAUUUUCCAGCAAGAGAUCAUCCCGCUCCAGGUCCAGGUCCAGGUCCAGCUCCCACUCUCGAUCCCGGUCCCAUUCCAGGGAAGAUGGGGCUGGCCCCAAGAGAGGCUCCAGCAGGGCCACAAGCAUAGAGGUGCACCAUAAGCUGGACAGACUGGGGCUGUGGAUGGAAAGACUAAUGGAGGGCACCCUGCCCAGAUUACAGGUCCCUGCAUGGCCCUCACUGGAUGAAAGCGCUAACUCUUCCAGAAAAAGCUGAGGUCAAAGUAAGAUCUGUUGAGAUGGCCUCCUAAUAACUGCUAGAAUAUAUUAAAAGUUUCAAAUUAUUAUUUAAUUUCUCUUUUGCACAGUAAAGUUGCUGCACUGAACAUUUGCAGCCAGUUUACAGAAUGUGAUAAAAACACAGCAAAGACAAAGUGUGAGCUGCAUGACACCACAUCACAGCUUCAGCACAGAGAGCAGAGACAGGAGAAAAUCUUUAAGUAAAAAAAACAAUAUACUGCGUGGAGUUUCCUCUGUGGUAUCUUAGAAAUAUCUAUACAUUUCUUUGCGUUAUUUUCUCCUCCUUUACUUUAGUCUCUGGACUUUUUUAACGGGGAAGUCGCAGAUCAUGAUCAGUGCAAUUUCUUUCGUGCUUGAGGCCGCUGAACCAUCCAGAGAAUCUAACAUGGGAUUUAAGAGAGAUGUCUGUCAUGAGUGCAACCUCUGAUCAGUUCUGCUGUAUGUGAUCAAAUCUCCACCUGGGCAUUUGUUUGGAAGCAGCUGAAUGAGAAUAAAAACAUCCAAAUAGAGCCUGCUGAGCUGAAUUUAUAGAUGAACAAUUAGUUUUUAGGGGUUGAACUUGAUUCAUGACCCUUUUUUUGCUAAUAGAGCUGAUGCAACCCUUUUUGAUUCCAGGUAUAAAGAUAAAGAUCACUGCAUGAUGAAAAGCAAUAGCCAACGUAUUCACAUAACAACAUUAACAUUAACAUUUAUAUUUUAAAAUCAGGAUUGAUUGUCAGGGUUGAUCCUGAUGUUUUUCUGCUCAGAUCAGAUCUCCAGGUCUUGCUUUAUCUCUGUGUUGAUUCUCUUGUUUAGGGAUUGAACAGGAAAUGUUCAGUAAGUUGAUCCCACAAAGUUGAAACCCCCCAUUUUGUCUUUACAGAUACAUGGCCUGAUUAUACUUGUGUGUUCUUUGUCUGAAUCAGGGAUACAUUUAUAAUUUUGCCACAUAAUCCCUGCCCUCAAACCUGUAAAUGUUAAUGCAUGGAAUAAUUAGACCUAAAAUCACUUAUAAAUGCUUAGUGAAUAUGCACUGGCAAUUUAAAUGUUUCACCCCGUCUCCCGAAUUUGAUUCAUUUGCGGCCGAAGAAAUAUUUUUCAGUGCACUGUAACUCAGAAUGUUUUUUUCUUUUUACAUCCAUAGCCCACUGUGAUGAAUACUGAUGUGUAACUUAUUAAAAGAAACUCCUUUUAAAACAGUUUAUUUAUUAAAAUAUGUGGAUGAGUUUGA